UGCUGCGAAUUUUAGUCAAAAUAAAACGCCAAGAUUGCUGUCAGAUUAUUAUAAAGAAUGUAAUUUAAUCAAAAGUUCGAAACGGCGCUAUUGAAUUCAUGAGCGAUUUCUUGACGUGCCAAUAAUCUUAAAAAGUUCGGUGUGGCUAUAGAUUCACAAAAUACCCGAUUAAAAAAAAUUGCGUGCAUUUAAAACAACAAUGUUGCUGGUAAUAACAGUAGCUGUGGCAGUAGGAACAAUGGCGGCAACAACGAUGUUGAUAGCAGCGACGUCGGCAAGGCCAUUUGCUACAAAGUAGAUGCAGAAAGAAGUAGCAACGGAAGACAAAAAAUGUAGGUUGCAGCAGUAGACGACGUAGUAGUGAAAAAUUACAGGAUUCCUUGCAUUUAAUGUUUUAUAAGUUUAUAAAAAGAGCACUAAUCGAAGGUUUUUGCUAAAUUUGGAGCAGGAUCCUCAGGUUUCUAAAAUCGGGUUUUCAGAAGUUUUUCAAUAUCCUCAUAUACAAAAUAUAAAGUUUUAGACAAAAUAUUGCUUUUGUACGUCUAAAGAAGCCGUCGAGUCUAGUCAUCUAAUAAAAAAUAUGUAAUUCGGGAGCAAUAUUUUUUGUGAACUAGCUCAAUUAGUUCAUCAAUGCAGUAUCGACAAUAGCAUUGGCUGUAAAAUAUUUAAAUUAAAAUAGGCCAUGAAGAUUUGCGAACUUCGAUUAAUUUAAAGCUCACUCAAACAUAAUUUAUAAGCGUUUUUCAAUACGUGCAAAUCCCAAUCCAAAAGCGUAAAGGUCAAGAAACGUCGCGCAUUAACAAGCAUAUUUACUAAACAAAUGUGAGACUAGUUUUGAAGCGGGUGUGGUGUCGAGAAGAAACACAUCACAUUGUUGUGAUUAAUAUUGUCAAUGCAUGCAUGUACCUGCUUGUAUAUGUAUGGAAUAUUGAGAAUUCAGCAGAUGUAAUAAUACCACUACACAUUACACCAAUGCCAAAGGAAAACGACAACACUAUAUCACGUCAACUACAACAACUAAUUUGUAUACAACAUAUAUGUAUGUUGAAGUAAAUUGCAGCCACUUCUGCAGAAAUAGAGAGAGGAGCCAGUAAAGUUCGUAUAGACACCGUUGGGCAAGAAAACAGCUGAUCAGCUACUUGCGUUAUUAAAAAGAAGAAGAAAUAUCACCGGCAAAUAAAUACACUCAUAAAACUGUUAUAUACCUGUUAGCAUAUCUAUUAGCAGGCAAUACGUAUAAUAGAGAAGAGACAACCACGAAUGUUAUAAUGUCAACAUACGGUGCAUCAUAUAAUAAUGGCAACAGUGCUAAUAACGAAAAGUUACGCAUCCACAGCACAAACAACAGCUUCUGUACCGUUCAACAGGACAAAGCGAACAUGAAAUCUAACAGCUCGAGAAGCAUGAGCGGCACGAAUUUGCUGCAAUUCCUUGCCAUAGUGUUAGCCUGCGUGAUUUGUUACUGGAAUAGCGCGCAAUGUGAACUGGUAUUUGAUGAUAUUAGCGCCGUACGCGAUAACAAGGAUUUGCGUCCGUACACACCAAUUCGUAACAUUUUUCUCAACGAUUUCUGGGGGACACCAAUGCGCAAAGAACAAUCGCACAAAUCGUAUCGGCCUCUCACAGUGCUCACCUUUCGCUUCAACUAUUGGCUGCAUGAGCUCCAGCCAUACGGCUAUCACAUUGUAAACAUACUCUUACACAUUGUGGUGUGUCUGUUAUGGCGCCGUGUGUGUAGAGUAUGCCUGUUGCAUUGCGCCGGCGCUGGGGGAGAGUCUGCUAUCGCUCUGCGUUGUAAUGUGUUGUGUAUAAACACUUGUAGCUUCUUGGCGGCACUGCUGUUUGCAGUGCAUCCCAUACACACAGAAGCUGUUACCGGUGUAGUGGGACGUGCCGAGCUACUCUCUUCCAUAUUUUUUCUGGGUGCAUUUCUCUCGUAUGCAAGCGCCAUUGAAGUGUCGGUUACCGCCAAUCGUCGUCAUUUACAACAGCAACCUCUGCAUAAAAAUAUACGCACUCGAUGGUCGGUGUUAUGUUGCAAUUUUUGUAGUUGCUUAGUGGCUUCCAUGCUGUGCAAGGAGCAAGGCAUCACCAUAGCGGGUAUUUGUGCUGCAUACGAACUGUUCGUUAUACAGCAGGUGCAUCCACGUGAACUCUGGUUAUGUGUGCAACGUUUAUUCGAAGAUAGAACGCGUAUUUGGUCACCGCAACAUGCAGCUAAAAGCGCAGUAGAUUCAUCAGCCAGUGCGUUGCCAUCGGCCGACGAGAACAAUCGUUCAAGUAUUAACGGCAUUUGGAAUGGAAGUUUGGUGCGCCGCUUGUCGUUUCUCGUUUGUAUUACGGUUGGCCUUUUGAUUGGACGGGUUUACGUGAUGGGCUCGCAACUACCGGUCUUCACGCGAUUCGAUAACCCAGCUUCGGCAGCGGCGACACCAUCGCGGCAGCUCACCUAUAGUUAUCUUAUUUACUUGAAUUUAUGGCUUAUGUUCUUUCCCUGUGACUUGUGCUGCGAUUGGACAAUGGGCACUAUUACUUUGAUCGAAGGCUUUAGCGAUGUACGCAAUUUGGCCACUCUUGCCGCCUUCGCUUCGCUAGCCGCCAUAAUGUGGCACGCAUGCACAACUCGUAAUUUAACUCGAUCCCGCGUGUUGCUGAUGAGUCUCGCUUGGCUGGCAUUGCCAUUUGUGCCCGCCUCCAAUCUCUUCUUUCCAGUUGGGUUUGUAGUGGCCGAACGAAUACUCUAUAUGCCCUCUAUGGGUUAUUGCCUAUUUGUGGCAUAUGGCUACGUGCAAUUGGAGGAAUAUCUUCGAAGCAAAAUGGUUCUACGCCGUUUGAUGCAAUUAUCACUUGCUUUGUUGUUGCUCACACAUGCGCUGAAGACGCAUCAACGUAAUGAGGAUUGGCGCACAGAGUACAGACUGUUCAUGUCUGGCGUACAUGUAAAUGGCCGUAAUGCAAAACUCUUCAACAACGUCGGCCAUGCACUUGAAAAUGAGCAACGUUACGCGGAGGCCUUGUUAUAUUUCCAGCAGGCUGUAAAAAUACAACCGGACGAUAUUGGAGCGCACAUCAAUGUUGGACGUACCUACAAUAACAUGCAACAGUACGAUCAAGCGGAGUUGGCGUAUCGAAGGGCCAAGGCUUUGUUUCCCCAGGUGAAACCCGGUGAAAGCUAUCAAGCGCGCAUAGCACCCAACCAUCUGAAUGUGUUUAUUAAUCUAGCGCAACUGAUAGCGCGCAAUCGUACGCGACUUGAAGAGGCUGACCUUUUAUAUCGGCAAGCGAUCAGCAUGCGUGCUGACUAUGUCCAAGCGUAUAUAAACCGCGGAGACAUACUGAUGAAACUAAAUCGCACCACACAAGCGCAAGAAGUCUACGAAAAGGCACUAUUGUAUGAUAGUGAGAAUGCUGAUAUCUAUUAUAAUUUGGGUGUAGUAUUUUUGGAGCAGGGAAAAAGUGCGCAGGCGCACGUCUACUUCAAUAAAGCCAUCGAAUUGUACCCGGAACAUGAACAGGCAUUACUAAAUUCCGCCAUUCUACUACAGGAGCACGGCGGUGCUGAAGCGCGUGAAUUGUCGCGUGUGCGUCUCUUUAAGGUUCUAAAUAAGGAUGCGAACAACGAGAAGGUCUACUUCAAUUUGGGCAUGCUGGCCAUGGACGAAUCGAAUUUCGAAGAAGCGGAACAAUUCUUUAAGCGCGCAAUACAUCUGCGUGCCGACUUUCGCAGUGCGCUCUUCAAUUUGGCGUUACUGUUAGCCGAUGCAAAUCGGGCGUUGGACGCAGUACCGUACCUGAAUCAGCUAAUACGUCAUCAUCCUGAACAUAUUAAAGGUUUAAUCUUACUCGGUGAUAUUUAUAUAAAUCACAUGAAGGAUCUAGAUGCGGCUGAGCAAUGCUAUCGGAGUAUACUUACUUAUGAGCCGCACAACAUACAGGGUCUGCACAAUUUGUGUGUAGUAUUUGUGGAGCGCAAAAGGUUGGCACGUGCCAAUGCGUGUCUACGUUAUGCACAUCAUUUGGCACCGCAUGAGGAUUAUAUUCUGCGUCAUUGGCAAAUUGUACAGCAACGCUUACAGAAGAUAUCAAAGUUACCUGAAACGUCGAUGGAGCGACAAAUUGCCUAUGUUGACUAUGAGCCUGACGAGUUUAAAGUGAUAGCAACGAAAGUGGACAGAAAGGAACAUACAAGCUUAGAGCAAGAAAAACAGCAACGGAAACAACAACAUCGGUAGGACCAAACAGGAAAUAAUUAUAAAUAUAAAGACAUACUGAGUAAGUUUGAACAACAUUUGUUGACAAUGUGAAAAAAUCUAGCAAUUAAGGGAUAGAAUCUAGCAAUUAAGAGAAGAUGGUACUUAAAUGUAAAUAUAAGCUCAAGCUGAGUGUAUGCGUCGUUGAAGAAUUGAAGACCAAGUAAACUGUUUACAAAACAAAUGAAAUAUUAACUUCGGUAAACUUUGUUCAUCGCCAUCAUUUUGUAGACUCUAAAAUCACGUACAUCCGUCACUAAUAUUCUAUUUUUAAAUUGUGAGUGAAUCCUUACUGUGCUGAUAGAGCGCACCAGUUGAUUACAUACUAUAUUUCUCUAAGUUUUCUAUAACUGCAAUGUCGGUUCUAGUUGUAACAGCAUAAAGGGUUUUCCAUAAAUUUCGGGGAAAAAACUGCAGGAGCCUAAGUUCUUGGCCGUAUAUAAAUCUCAGCUGUAUGAACAUUCGGUUAUCCCGUGAAAACUAAACUCCUAUAUCCGGUCAAGGACUGUAGUUUCAGCUGCAUUCUACAAAAUGGUAUAAACUUUAUACUAUAAAGGAUGUUUUACGGUGUUAUAACAAGAAAAUGAAUAGGAACAGUUUUAUGAUGCGGUAGCAGCUGUGAUUAGCUUGAAAGUACCUUAAGCUGUAAGUUAUCGAUACGAUGAUCCAAAUCCAGGUGAUGGAUUCUGUUUUAUCAAUAGCAUAUUUUCCAACGUUUCUUCGCUUAACCGAUUAAUACAAUAUGAUUUUAAUUUAUUAUAUUUUUUAUUUAUUUAUUAAUUAUUUAAAAACAUUUCAUUGUGGUUUCAAGGCUUAUAUGAUGUUAUUUAUUUAUUUAGUCUAUGAACACAUAUUUCUUACAGACUAUUUGUAUAUCGACCUUUUUUUUUUACUUCGGUUGCAAAAUCAUUUAAGUGCAGACUUGGAAGGAAGUAGACCGCAGAAACUACAAAAUUUGGCUUUAGAUUAACCAUUUCUGCAACAAUUAUAUCAAGAUUAGAAGAGAACGUAAUGCUCAUGAAUUGAAUUUGUUUUUUUCACGGCUAUUGAUACAUCCCCAUAGCCAUCUGGGAUAUUUUUUUUAUCAUAUUAAAGUUAAUAAAUUUCCUACAUUUAUUUUCAUCAUUGAGUUGUACCACGCCAGGGCUGCGCCUUUUAGCUUGGUGUGAAUAACACAGCGUCGUUUAUUUGUACUACCUCGCGCAAAUGCAGCAACUGGUUAUGCCAGGCUUUGAACCCGUCGCCGCCAUCGUACACAGGUAUUAUGCCCUUCAAUGUUUCAAACGUUACACCUUCAGUUGCUCCUUUGCUUAUAUUUGUAUUCUCUUUUUCCAAUUGAGCCUUUUGUAAUUUUAUCAGCUCUAUUUCUUUCUGCAGCAGUGCAAUUUUUAUGUUGUCUUCUACUGUACCUUUGGCAACGUUGGACAUACCGUUUUUAUCUUCGGCGUCGCUUGAACUGUUUUUCGUUAAACGGUCUCCAAAUGUACCGCUACAUAUAUGUGCUAACGGGUUUGGCACACGAACCGCUUCGUCGUCGUUAGUGACUUCCACGGCCGUAUCACAUUGUCGUUGCUGUACAUUCUCACCGUUGUCCUGAUCGCUGCUUUCCACGUUGUUCUCUAAGUUGUCCUCUACGUUGUCUUCUGUGUGACUUCCCCAUUUAUCGCAUGGACACGGUCCUCGCGCCUCUGCCGAGAGUUCGCUCAACUUGGCGGCCAGUGAAGCUUUUGCGCCGCUAGCGUUAAUGCCCACAGCGGUGCACCAGGCCUUCAGCUGCAUCAGGGAGUACCGAUCGGCGUUAAUUGAAUCCAUUAUUUAAAAAAAAACCACUUCUGAUAUAAUAUAUGACUUAUUAAAAAUGACGAUAGCACCGUAUUUGUCUGACGCAAUAAACCGACUGAAUUUUUAUUUAUGCAAAACGGCAUAUCGUACCAAACGCUACCAUCAACGAGUCUUAAGGUCUAAUUACAACGAAAGCUUACUAAAUAAGUCUUAAGGGCUAAUUACGUAAGUAUAAGCACAUGCCUACAACUACUGUUUACAAUACUCAAAUAUUUCAUGUAGACAAACCACAUCACCACGAUUAUUAUUGAUAUAAUAAUCAAUAUUGUCUAUGUUUGUCUUCAAAGAUUGGCAAUUAUAUUGCAGACAUUUCAUCUUACAAAUUUACUGAUGACAAACCGCACUUAAAAAGUGCUAUGUCUCUAUUAGUCAAAAUCUGAUCCCUCAUACUGCUCAGUUUGGUGACCUGGGCAAGGGUCUCCGUAUCAUUAAGCCUCACAAAGUAGUUUUAGCUAUCUUCACUAGCUUUCACAAGACCUUUUCUAGCUUGGAUGUAAUUUGAUAGUCUUGCCUUUCAAACACUGGAAGCACAAGAGGCUUGGUAUUUUGGUUCAAGACCUUAUCAGGUUUGAAGGAAGACUGUUUGGGAAUUGCACUCUUCUUGAUAACUGAGCUGUAUAUAUUUUUGGUCAAGGAAGGAUUUAUGACUUAGAGUCCAUUAUAUUGACAUUCUCAACCAGUACCGAGAAUUCUGUAUCUUCGACAUCUAAGCCAUCGAAGCGGUUGUUGCUUUUCGGAAAGAAGGUAUUGAGCACUUCUUUACGAGAUAACUUUUUGACUGUUUUCCGUUUGUUUAUCUUAUUCUCCUUCUUCCACACUGGACAUUUCCUUCUAUCAGAGUAUUUGUGAUCCUUAGCUUUGCAUAGAAUGUAUUGACUUAUAUUACAGGGAGCUUUACUAUAUAGCUUUUUUGCAUGUGCCCCAAUCUGUCACUGUUGUAGCACUGUUCACAGACGGAAAAUAAUGUUGUACUUGAAAAUUUGUGUAUUCAAGCUUGACAUCCUUAGGUAAGCUGUUGCCCAAAAAUCCCAGUUUAGCUGAGAAGAUUGGGAGAAAUUUGUUUGAAUCCUCCGGAUCACGUCUAAGAAAACGCUGUACGAAAUUUAUCUUGCUAGGAGACUUUAACUCUUUCAGGAUUUCUUCAUUGGAAAGGUAAAGCGCAACUCCUCGAAUUACGCCAUAUGUUUCAAAGGCCGUUCUGGGAAUGAAAAGCUUUAGUUUCAUUUUUAAAAUGUCAUUAUUGGUGACGAAAUUGUUUGCCGAUCUGGGAUUGAAGAAGAAUACUUUAUAUAAGGUGACACCAACUGCUUCAAUUAUAUCGAUAUCCUGUAUUUUUAAACGGCAUAUGAGCCGCUCAGUGCACACAUCGAUUAACUCCAUAAAACGAAAAGUUGAGAAUCGCGAUGAUGUAAUGUAUAUUGUUUUUAAAAAUUCCUCUGAUAAUAUGAAUUCAAAUAUAUAAUGUGGAAUGCAUAAUUGCAGAUAUAGCUUUCAUCUAACGGUAUAUAAAAUCAAUAAGAAAGAAUAGCCAACAAACAAUCGUCACUAAUGUUACAGUUUUUAUGUGGCUGAUGGAGUUAAUCGAAUUGGCAACUGAAAAAAGUAAUAAAGUUAGUUAUUAUACAUUUUUAUCACAGCUUUUCCAUAAAAAUGAAUUUUGAAAGUUCGGUUAUAAAAUAAUUUCCGUAAUUAAUUUAUAGCUGCUUUAUAUUAGCGGCAUUAUUCUUUGGAAUGAUUCAGCAAAAUUAUAAAUAAUGUCUUGUUCGUCAGCUGUAUGCGAGGAUUCGUCAUUUCGAUUUGUUGACAAGUUCUUAUAUUGUAGUAAACGUGUUUAACAGGACGAAUGAAGUUUAGCAGGUCCAUCAUCCAUCUCCAUUUUCCUUUGUCACAGUUCUACCUUUAGGAUAUAAUAAAUUCUGAUCUAUAUUUUUCAAACUUUGCGGCCUACCCGUUAAAGACUUUCUUAUAUCAAUGGCUUGAAAUUCUGUAUCUUCAUUAUACAGUAAAAGCCGCUUAAGUACCCCGAGCAAAAUGUUCAGUUUUUUUAGGUCACUCUCUGAGGUGUCUACCAAAAGAAAAGGUUUGCCAUUAAAAUUGGCUGGAUAAUAAACGGAGCUAUCAGACUUUUGGAUACUUAGAGAUCCAGACUUAUUUGUAUUUUGCAAUUUUUUGGCAUUUACUUUUUUCAACUGUAUAAGUUUCAACAUUAUAAAUAUUUUGUACUUUUAAAUAAUUUUUCAAAGAUUUCACAGACUCAGUCUCCAUUCACUUCUCACUCUCAUUUCCAUCAGACAGAACUCCACUCUUCUCAACCGAAGCAUGUGGUUUGGUCGGAUCUAUGAUAUGUUUCACACGUUUUUUCUUAAAAAUCUCGGUUUGACCUUUAUUUUUGGUCUUUAGCAUAUUUAUAUUCAGUUUUUCACUAACAGGUUUAUGGAUUAAUUGGAAUAAUCACUGCUAGCGCAAAAUUCCUUAAAAUCCUCUGCUGAGCACGAUGUCGAAGGACAUUAAGGACGCCAUCGCAUCACCUUUUUUGCGGCUUACCGCAGGCACUUUUGCGGUAAGAACACUCUCUACACGUUCACUUUUCAGGGAAAAUUUCUAGGCAGUAAAAAACUACGUGGUUUUCACAAACAUAACUAUUACAGAGAUAUACACAAUCUAUUAGAUCUUUUAGUUUCAUGACGCCUUUUGUUUUUGCCAAAUAAACCAGAGCACUGAGAAAAACACACCGAUCACAGCUAUGGCUCGAUUGCGACUGUGUCGACAAAGAUUUAAAUACCUUAAAACAGAGAAAGAGAUGAAAAACUAGUUGGAUAGAACUCGAGAUUAAAUUAAAUUCACUUAAGGCUUGAAAAUUGCAUUACGCGAAUAUAUUCCGUUUGACAGUUAAUCCCAUAGAAAGGAAAUUGGAUAUUGAAAUUAGUUAUAUCCCAAAGGAAGAUCAGUAAAUACUGGAACGAGAGCCGUAUAUAAUAACUUAGGAGUAUAAGAGUCAGAGAACUUGGAACAUUUCGAAAGCAGUGUUUACUUUUGCGAAAUCAAUUAAUUUUAAAUUAAUAACUAGGUGAUGUUUAUGUUAAUAAAAUCGUCCAUUUUCAUAUGACUUUAUUCCCUUAUAAAGUAAUAAAUCCUCAGUGGACAUCCAGCCGCGUUUAAAGCUUUUCACGAAGAUACAAUUUC